AUGAGACUGAGGAGACAGAGGAGGAGAGACAGGAAGAGACAGAGGAGGAGACAGAAGAGGAGACAGAGGAGGAGAGAGAGAGGACACAGAGGAAGAGACAGAGGAGGAGAGAGAGGAAGAGACAGAGAGGAAGAGACAGAAGAUGAGACAGAGGAGACAGGAAAAGAGAGAGGAGGAGACAGAAAAGGAGACAGAGGAGGAGAGAGAGAGAGGAAGAGACAGAGAGGAGAAAGAGGAGGAGACAGAGGAGGAGAGAGAGAGGAAGAGACAGAAGAUGAGACAGAGAAAGAGGAGGAGAGUGAGAGGAAGAGACAGAAGAUGAGACAGAGGAGACAGGAGAAGAGAGAGGAGGAGACAGAAGAGGAGACAGAGGAGAGAGAGAGGAAGAGACAGAGAGGAGAAAGAGGAGGAGACAGAGGCGGAGAGAGAGAGGAAGAGACAGAAGAUGAGACAGAGGAAGAGACAGAGGAGGAGAGAGAGAGGAAGAGACAGAAGAGACAGAGGAGAAGAGAGAGGAAGAAACAGAGGAGGAGACAGAAGAGGAGACAUAGAGGGAGACAGAGGAGAAGAGAGAGGAAGAAACAGAGGAGGAGAGAGAGGAAGAGACAGAGGAGGAGAGAGAGAAGGAGGAGAGAGAGGAAGAGACAGAAGAGGAGAGAGAGCGGAAGAGACAGAAGAGGAGACAGAGGAGGAGGAGGAGAGAGAGGAAGAGACAGAGAGGAGACAGAGGAGGAGAGAGAGAGGAAGAGACAGAGGAGGAGGAGAGAUAGGAAGAGACAGAAGAUGAGACAGAGGAGACAGGAGAAGAGAGAGGAAGAAACAGAGGAGGAGAGAGAGGAAGAAACAGAGGAGAAGAGAGAGAGGAAGAGACAGAGAGGAGACAGAGGAGGAGACAGAGGAGGAGAGAGAGAGGAAGAGACAGAAGAUGAGACAGAGGAGACAGGAGAAGAGAGAGGAAGAAACAGAGGAGGAGAGAGAGGAAGAAACAGAGAAGGAGACAGAGGAGAAGAGAGAGGAAGAAACAGAGGAGGAGACAGAAGAGGAGACAGAGGAGGAGAGAAUAUCAAAAUCAUAAUAAAUAGUCUUUAA